CUGUCCAACCUGUGGAUAGUGUGGAGCGCGCCUGUGGCCACCGACCAGCCCUCCGCUGUCUGGGACGCUCUGCCCGCAGCCCUCUGUGCGCCUUUUUCUCGCCCUCGGUCCCGGUCCGUGUCGGCGCGGGCGUCCGGUGGUAUUCAGUUUAUGAAUGGCACUGACAUGGAGGAAAUACCGUUUCAGAAAGUCAAAACGCGGCGGAAGAGAAGUCACUGUCCACCGGCCGUCCCUCUGACCACCAUCGUGUGCGAGGACGAGUUCGACUGCAAGGAACUCGAGUCCCUCUUCCAGAACUACAACCUGAAGCUGGAGCAGACGUCCACUCUCAAAGCCCUGGCGGUCCUCAUCUUCAUGUCCUCGACGCUGGCCGUGUUGGAGUUGCUGUCCGGCCCCAGUCUGACCAUUUCCAAGGGGUCCCACCCGGUCCACUGUGUCAUCUUCGUCUCGCUUUUCAUCGUAACUAAUGUGAAGUACUUGCAAGUGACUCAGCUCCAGCAGAUCGUCAACCUGACGUUGCUCUUCGGCUUCACUUUCUCCUUCCUCUGCUGUCCCUUCUCCCUCGGAGCGAUGGGCAUGGAGCCCCCCACGUCCCCCGAGCAGGGCGUGUGGCAGCUCAUCCUGGUCACCUUUGUCGCCUACGCGCUCCUACCUGUGCGGACACUUUUGGCCGUGGUGUUUGGAAUAAUGGUCUCCAUCUCGCAUUUGAUUGUGACAGCCACUUCUGUUACGGUGAAAACGCAGAAACUGUGGAGAACACUGGUUGCCAACACAGUGUUGUUCACUAGUGUCAACCUGUCAGGGCUGUUUGUGCGCAUCCUGACAGAGCGGGCCCAGAGGAAGGCCUUCCUGCAGGCUCGCAACUGCAUUGAGGAGAGACUUCGGAUGGAGGAUGAGAAUGAGAAACAGGAGCGCCUGCUAAUGAGUCUGUUGCCCAGGAACGUGGCUAUGGAGAUGAAAGAGGAUUUCCUGAAGCCCCCUGAAAGGAUCUUUCACAAAAUCUACAUCCAGCGUCAUGACAAUGUCAGCAUCCUUUUUGCAGACAUCGUCGGCUUCACCAGUCUAGCCUCUCAGUGCACAGCCCAGGAACUGGUUAAGCUUCUAAAUGAACUGUUCGGAAAGUUUGAUGAGCUCGCCACGGAGAACCACUGUCGCAGGAUUAAGAUACUGGGUGAUUGCUACUACUGUGUGUCUGGACUGACCCAACCCAAGACAGACCACGCACACUGCUGUGUCGAGAUGGGUCUUGACAUGAUUGACACUAUUACGUCUGUAGCUGAGGCAACAGAGGUCAACCUCAACAUGCGGGUGGGCUUGCACACUGGUCGGGUGCUCUGUGGAGUGCUGGGCCUCAGGAAAUGGCAAUAUGAUGUUUGGUCAAACGAUGUGACGCUGGCCAAUGUGAUGGAGGCGGGGGGACUUCCAGGGAAAGUUCACAUCACCAGAUCUACACUUGAGUGCCUAAAUGGAGAUUAUGAGGUGGAACCUGGAAAUGGUCAUGAAAGGAAUGCCUUCCUCCAAAAACACGAAAUAGAAACCUUCUUUAUUGUGCCAUCUCAUCGACGGAAGAUAUUCCCAGGAUUGAUUCUUUCGGAUAUAAAGCCCGCCAAAAAGAUGAAGUUCAAAACUGUGUGCUACUUACUGGUGCAGCUGAUGCACUGCAGGAAGAUGUUCAAGGCAGAGAUUCCCUUCUCCAAUGUGAUGAACUGCGAGGACGGCGACAAGCGGAGGGCCAUGCGAACAGCCCCUCAAAAGCUGAGGAACCGCUCCAACGCUAACCAGGCUAACCAGAUCCAGAGCAGUCCCAGAACCCGGGUCAACCGCUACAUCGGCCGGCUGAUCGAGGCCCGCCAGACCGAAUCGGACACAGCAGACCUCAACUUCCUCACCCUCAUGUAUAAGUGUUCUGAGCGUGAGCAGAGGUACCACCAGGUUCCUGAUGAGUACUUCACCAGUGCAGUGGUCCUCUCCCUGAUUUUAGCUGCCUUGUUUGGCCUUGUCUAUCUUCUCAUCAUACCACAGGGCACAGUGGUACUUGUCCUUCUCGUCUUCUGCAUCUGUUUCCUUGUAGCGUGUAUCAUGUACCUGCAUAUAACAAGAGUACAGUGUUUUCCAGGGUGCCUGACCAUUCAGAUUCGCACUGCCCUCUGUAUUCUCAUAGUGCUCUUAAUCUACGCCGUUGCCCAGGCCUGUGUGGUGGGCUGUAUGCCCUGGCUAUGGGGUAGUGCCAACACAAACAGUUCCAUUGUGAUAAUUGAUGUGGACAGCGGAGCCAAUCACACCAUGGCAGAGCUUCCCUGCGACGGGGCCCGUUACGCCUUUCUGUCCUGCGUGGUGGGCACGCUAACCUUGGCUCUUUUCCUGCGUGUCUCCUGGCUUCCAAAGAUGGCGCUAAUGCUUCUUCUUGGGGUGUUGUAUGUCACUGUGUUAGAGCUCAGUGGCUUUCGUAAGACAGCAGGUGGGGGGUCCUUCCACAUCCGGGGAUACGAGCCCAUCCUGUCUCUGUUGCUCUUUGUCAGUGCCCUGGCCCUCCACUCCAGACAACUUGACCUCAAAUUGCGCUUGGACUUCCUUUGGGCUGUGCAGGCAGAGGAGGAAAGAGACGGAAUGGAGAAAGUAAAGCUGGACAACAGGAGGAUCCUCUUCAACCUUCUGCCUGCACACGUGGCUCAGCACUUCUUAAUGUCAAACCCCAGAAACAUGGUGAGCCAUGUUAAUAAACAAGCAGACAGGCAGACAGACAAACAGGAUCUGUACUAUCAGUCUUACGCACAAGUUGGUGUCCUCUUUGCUUCAAUUCCAAACUUCAAUGAUUUCUACAUCGAGCUGGAUGGCAACAACAUGGGGGUGGAGUGCCUGAGGCUGCUGAAUGAAAUUAUUGCUGACUUUGAUGAGCUCAUGGACAAGGAGUGCUACAAGGACAUAGAGAAAAUCAAAACUAUUGGCAGCACAUACAUGGCAGCUGUGGGACUUGUACCGACCAUUGGUACUAAGGCCAAAAAAUCAGUUUAUGACCAUCUUAGUACAAUAGCAGACUACGCCAUUGAAAUGUUUGAUGUCCUGGAUGAAAUCAACUACCAGUCGUACAAUGAGUUUGUUCUGAGAGUGGGCAUCAAUGUGGGUCCAGUGGUUGCUGGGGUGAUUGGAGCACGGCGACCACAGUAUGACAUCUGGGGUAACACUGUCAAUGUGGCUAGUCGCAUGGACAGUACAGGCGUUCCAGGGAAGAUACAGGUAACGGAGGAGGUCUAUCGGCUGCUCAAUAACAAUUAUGACCUGGUCUGCCGAGGCAAAGUCAGUGUGAAGGGGAAAGGAGAAAUGCUGACUUACUUCCUGGAAGGGAAGGUCCAGGGCGUUGGAACCACCACCACUUCGUCGGUGAUGCGUUCUGCCAGCCUGGCGCGCCGGAUCCACUCCUGCGGUAAGACAAGUGUCCCCGCUAAUCUGGGCAGCGUUUCCUCUGCCGCCAGCCUCACCGCUCACGCGAGCAUGGGCAGCGUGCAGAUGAACGUAGCCAACAGCAGCAACAGCCAGGCGAUGUGUCUGCCCUCACCCUUUGUGCCUGUGCUGGGCGAGGCGGAGGAGGAGGAGGAUCUGGAGGUGACAGAGAUCCGAAUGGAGGCUGUGGCAGCUGUUGCAGAUGUAGCAGUGUAGGAAGAGACGAGAUGAAAAGGACUGUAAUGAGAAAGCCCGAAGACGUCCGGCCCGUCCAGGCGUUCCUCGCUAACCCUGAGCUACCGGCACAAAUCAGGGCGUGUUCAAUCAGGAUGUGAACUUCUGCCGACACAAAAAUCCCAUGGACAAUCAUAUUUGCUUUUAGAGAUUUUUAACUGCUCGCCACUCUUCAGAUUCAACGUGUGGAGCGAAGAGAAGGGGCAUCCAGAAUCUCAAAUCCUCUUUUGACAUCUCUGUAACAGACGAUUAGAUUUGUUGUGAUCUUGGGUUUCUUCCAAUCCAGAUAUAGAGUGAGUCUUUGUUUUGUAUGAAGUGCAUAUUCCAUGUAUGAGGGAUAUUUUCACUGAUACCCAGAAAAAUGACUGAUAAUGCUAUUGCUUUUGCACUGUCUCUCUGAUUAUGCCAAGGAUAUAUUGCAUUAUUUACAGUGUAAAAUUAUAUUGUUUCUUUUUGCCGUGUGUCAGCAUGCAUGUGUGUAUUCGUGAGUGUGUGUAUGCAUGUGUGAUCAGUUCUGAAAUGUUACAGAAACAGCACAAACUCCUUUUUUAUAUUCAGUGCUCACUGGAUAAAAGCUUUUUAAGAUGCAUAUUUACAGUUAUUGUAGUGCAUGACUUUACAAGAGUUAACAGCCAUAGUAAUGAUGCUCCUCUUGAAAGAAAACCAAAGUACUAACCUUAGAUCUUGAGUUUUACUAUUUUAUUGCCUCAUCUGAUAAAAAGGAAAAUAUCACAACAGACCAACAUCAUCAUCAUCAGUAGACCUAAAAAGUGUCUUUUUGAACCUUGGAAAGACUUUAAAGGAACCUGAUGCCCUGAUAUCACCCUGAUUCACAGUGGUUUAUUGCAAUGCUGUGUGUGUAUGCAGGAGAGAGAAAGAGAGAGACAGAGAGGUAGUGAUAGGAGCCAGAAAGGGUCAAUGAGAGCAGAUGAGGGUAGAGGAAUUCUACUACAUCAAACAUGUGCUGCUAUAGAAACUUGUAUAUGCCAAAAGUGGACCAGUCACAAAAGAACACCACACAGAGGACCAUUACUUUUCUGUUUCUUAUGCAGACAUGCACACCGACUAAGGGGUUAGAGAUGGCACUCAUCCAAAAAAGAAGGGAUUACACCCAUGAUAAUAAGCACAACAUUUACACAAAUGCAUGGCCUCUAAGUAUGAAAUGCUACAUGUACUGUACAUUCAAAUCUCUUCUUGAGGCCAUUGAAAUGUAGGUGCAAUGUCUGGCUGCUGGUGUCUUUCAGGCAUAUACAUUAAUAUACUUCUGCUUCUCAUUAUAUUAGAGCUACGGUUUGAGUUUUCUGUGAAAAAAAAUUAGCUUGGGUUUGAGUUUAAGCUCUGUGAUGCAGUCUCAGUAACAAGCACUUCGGAUAUCCUUAUCAUAGCCUGUAUAUUUACAAGAGCAUAGACAUUUCACUUGAUCUGCAAAAAUGUAAAUAUGUCAUGUCUCAAGUUUUUGCCUUACUCAAUAAGCUUACAGUGAUUGCAACCUGCCUUUUUAGAUUUAUUCACUUUGAUAUGCAGAUCAUACUCUUUUUGUAAAUAGCCAAAAGCUGUAAAUUAUGUUGUUUCUUGUACAGUGUAAAGCUGGGUUACUGGAUAUUUUGUAAUAAAGACAAUAUUGGUGUAUAAAACAUUCCAUGG